AUGUCUUCUGCAAUUCCCACCGCCGCCAGCGUCUCCGAAUCGGCCGUCAUCGACGCGCCCCUCUCCCAGGUCUGGCACCUGAUCAAGCUCCAGGACUUUAGCAAGUUCUGGAGCAAGCUCGACAAGUCCGAGUGGAUCAAGGGUGCCUCUCCCGACACGGACCUGGUCAAGUGGACCUUCAAGGACGGCACUGUACUCGAUGUGAAGCAGGAGGAGCACUCUACCAUCAACCACUACAUCACGUACUCGGUCAUCACCGCCUCCCCUGAGCUCACCUACACCUCGGUCCUCAGCACGAUCCGUCUGUACCCCAUCACCUCUGGCAAGCACGAGGGCAGCACCUUUGUGACGUGGAGCGGAAACUUCUCGAGCGACGCCGACGCUGGUGUCAUUGAGGACGCCAAGUUCAAGCGCCGCGAGGCCCUGGCUGACCUCGCCGCUGCUGUCUCCAAGUAA